AUGAGCGGGCGGUGGUGGAGAAAGGCGCUGGUGGUUGCAGCCACUUUGGCGAGCUGGACAGUGAGGGUUGAGGCCGCCUCCAGAGAUCAAUGGCUCGGUCGCUCCGUCUACCAGAUUGUUACCGAUCGCUUUGCUCGAACCGAUAACUCAACCACCGCCGCUUGUGAUGCAGCACAAGGCAACUACUGCGGGGGCUCGUUCCGUGGCAUCAUCAACAGACUCGACUAUAUCCAGGAACUCGGGUUUGAUGCAAUUUGGAUCUCUCCGGCACAAAGUCAAAUAUCAGAACGAACCGCGGAUCUUUCAGCUUACCAUGGCUACUGGCCAAACGACCUCUAUUCGAUCAACUCUCAUUUCGGUACUUCCAAUGACCUCAAAGCCUUAUCCUCAGCCUUGCACAAGCGUGGGAUGUACUUGAUGCUGGAUGUCGUGGUCGGGGAUAUGGCCUGGGCGGGAAACCACACCACGGUCGACUACAGCACGUUCAACCCUUUCAACGAUCGGAAAUAUUUCCACGACUACAAGCUUCUCUCGUCUGAUCCCCACAAUGAUACCUGUGUUUUGGACUGCUGGAUGGGGGACAAUGUCGUCUCGCUCCCAGAUCUACGAAACGAGGACCAGGAGGUUCAGAACAUGCUGGGCACUUGGGUCAAGGAGUUGGUCUCGAACUACUCUGUCGAUGGGUUGCGGAUCGACAGUGUCUUGAACAUUGACCAAGACUUUUUCUCGAGCUUCAACAAAUCCGCGGGGGUUUUCCUUUUUGGUGAAGGCGCGACGAAGACUGCAGCGGACAUUUGCCCUCUGCAGUCAGAUAUCAACGGACUGCUAAACUAUCCCUUGUAUUAUAUCCUCACCAACGCCUUCAAUACGACACACGGCGACCUGAGCGCCAUCUUCCAGUCUAUUGACUACACGAAGUCACUGUGUGAGGACGUGCUGGCUAUGGGAACGUUUACAUCGAAUCAGGACGUCCCUCGCUUUGGCUCGUAUACCUCGGACAUCUCUCUUGCUCGGAACAUUCUCACCACCAGCAUGCUGGCUGACGGUAUUCCCAUUCUCUAUUACGGGGAAGAGCAGCACCUGUCGGGUGCAUUUAACCCGGUGAAUCGUGAGGCUCUCUGGCGCACGAACUACUCGAUGGAUUCGACCUCGCUCCCGUCACUCGUCCAAUCGCUGAACCGCAUUCGAUCAUAUGCCAGCGGGGACGGCAAACAGUACACGCUCAAGUCACAGGCGGGGCGCGACUAUCUCUCGUACCUGUCAUUGCCGAUCUACAACUCAACCAACAUUCUGGCCAUCCGCAAGGGCUUUGCUGGCAAUCAGGUUGUGAGUGUCGUAUCUAACCUGGGAGCCAAGCCCGCCACCAAAGCCACCACCAAAUUCACCCUGGGCGCCGACGGCACGGGUUUCCAAUCCCGACAGAACGUGACGGAGAUCCUGUCUUGCAAAACAUUCGUCACCGAUGCCAGCGGUAAUCUCACCGUCGACCUCAGCUCGGACGGCGGUCCUCGGGUGUACUAUCCCACUGACAGCCUGAAGAACAGCACCAAUAUCUGUAAGGAUGAUGACUCCUCAACGGGAACGCCGAGUAGCUCGGCAGCCUCGUCUGCAAGCCCCUCGCCCUCCACCGGGGCUCAGUCUUCCUUAUUCGGUCUGUCGAGGGAGAUAAGGACGGUGCUGGUGACGGCGGCCAUGGCCACCUCUUACUUAGUCAUCUAA